AUAAUUAGGACACAAAAAAAUAGUUUCCGGUAAAUGUUUGAAGAUUAUUUAGUCGAAUCCACUUUUCUAUUUCGUCGAUUGAUCUUCAUGUGUUAAAUCUUGAAAUUGUGCCUCUUCUUUAUUCAAUAGGUUCUUGAUAACUCUCUAAAUCAAUAUUGUUGUUGUUCACAAGAGUUUCCUUAAAUUUCAUCAUUGUAUUGGUGUGGAAAUUUAUUUAUACACUUAAAAUCUCUGCAAGCACAAGGUGUGUUUAGAUGGAUAGUAUUCUGGGUCUUCUCAAGCUUCGAAUUAAAAGAGGUAUUAACCUUGCAAUUCGUGAUGCUCGUUCCAGCGAUCCUUAUGUUGUUAUCAAUAUGGGAGAACAGAAGCUGAAGACCCGUGUGAUAAAAGCAAAUUGCAAUCCUGAGUGGAAUGAAGAAUUGACCCUUUCUAUAAGGGAUGUUAAAACUCCAAUACACUUGACAGUUUAUGACAAGGAUACUUUCUCAGUGGAUGACAAAAUGGGUGAUGCAGAGAUAGACCUGAAACCAUAUUUUCAGUGUCUGAAGAUGGGAAUGAAAAAGCUCCCAAAUGGGUGUGCACUCAAGAGGAUUCAGCCAAGCAGGUCUAACUGCCUUGCUGAAGAGAGUAGCUGCAUUUGGCAAAAUGGGAAAAUAAUCCAGCCAAUGAUUUUAAGAUUGAGAAAUGUUGAGAGUGGUGAAUUAGUUGUGGAAUUGGAGUGGGUUGAUGUUACAGGUUGCAAGGGCUUAUCAGAGGUUUCAUUAUAAGUGUGUCUCAUUUCCUGAAGGUUAAUUAUAUAAGGCAUCAAUUGAAAUCUAUUGUGAUUUACCUUUAUGAGACUGUUGUUGUAUGUAUAAAGCUAAUCAAGCUUAGACUACUUUGUAAUUUAUCUUAUGAAUGUAGUAAUCUAAGAUAUAGAUGACAGUAAAUUUUCAAAAAAUUUAAUCAUUAGUAUUUUUCUUGGUGAUAAUAUCUGUGUGAGUAAUCAACUAUUCAAAGUAUUUCUUCACGUAUCAACUUGACUUGAUAAGCAUCAAGAUUUCUUCAAGAAAUUGUAUUUCUCAGAUCUAUUACUUCUAGGGGUGGUGUGCAACCAACGAAGCCUUGUGGAAGGUUUUUUUUGAAACUGUGGUUGCCCUUAUUAGAAUAUAGCUAGAGUGCAAGGACCAAAUCUUCAAAUACUUCUUAGUUAGUUAGAAGAGUUAGUCUUGUGUAUAAGUAUCAGUGUCUUUGUAAUGUUCAAUUAACUUUUUACAAUGUAAACCUUUACUCUUUGUUAUGGCUUCUAUUAGCUUUUGGGUUUGCAACUUUAUCAUGGUACCAGUAGACAAAUUUCCGCAUCUCUUUCACUGAUUUCAUCAAUUGCCCACUGCAAUUGAUAAUCUUUUUGACUGAUUUUUUCAAUUGCUCACUGCAAUUGAUCUUUGCUUUUGAUUCCAGUUUCUGUUUCGAUUUCGUUCUAGUUCCUUGUGAUUUCCAGAAUCAUUACUCUACUUCCUAAUCUUCAAGCUCGUUUCUUGACGAUUUCAUGGCGGAAACCUCCGAUCCACCAUCGCCACCGUCAUCGCCUUCGAUCUACAGCAUUCAAUCAGCGGAAACCACCGCCACUGUCAUCGAUCUCAGUUCAUCUUCAUCAUCGAUUCAAGCCUUCUUCUCUCAUUCACAGAGGGUUUGAUUUUGGGGUUUUCUACUUUUCUUCGAUCAAUCUGUGAGCUUCACUGCGAUUGCUUCUUCAAGCUUCGGUGGUUGAGCUUCUGAGUUCGUCUUCUUUGUCGCGUGCUUCAAAUUCGCGAUUCUUCGUCACUGCCUGCAAGAUUGAAUUUCAGAUUCUUGAUUUCUAGUGCAUUCAUCCAUGGCGGCUCCUGGGAUUCCGUCACCGUUCCGGCACCAUAUUCACAAUCAAGGUUUUCAAUCUUUCAGUUCUUUGAUUGAUUCAAGAUUGCCUAUUGCAAUCUUUUCUCGAUUUCGGUUGGUUUUUGCGAUUUCUGAAUCGCCACCUUCGAUUAUCGAUCAUCAGCGUUCAAGUCUCAUAUUGGAUUCCAUUUCAGAGUAUCCAUCUCGAUUCUUGAAGCUUCAACCAAGAUCUUUCGAUCUUUCAUCAAAUUCCUAUUGCGAUUCUAGAGAAUGCAUAGUUUUUGAUUUUCAAGCUCGAGUGUUGAGCUUCCAUGGCGGCUAUCCGUCAUCAUCACCGUUGACUGGUUCUACGGUUCAUCAGUUCGAUCUGCACAGGUUCUUCAAUGGAGUCAUCUUCUUCUCCGACCACUGCAACAUGAACUUCAUCGGAGUCAUCGACUUCUCCGAUUCUCAACUUCACCGGAGUCAUCUCCUUCUUCGGUUGAAGUCUCUUCCCGGUGUCCAUAGGAGAUUCCGAUCGAUCCUUUCGUUGCUUGGCUCCUUCAGAAAGGGCUUCUUGGAUUCUUCUUCAUUUUCGGCAUCGUCUCUUCUGCACAUAGAUUCAUGGUUUGUGCAUCAACCCUCUGCCAUUGUUGUUCAGCCUGAGAUUGUCUAUGAUCACACUGUUUCACAAGUUGUGGAGGUAACAAUUUUCAAGACUGAAUGUUCAUUUUUAAUGACUGAAAUUCAUCAAUUUGUGAAACUCUGGUUUGGAUUAUGGAAUCAUUUUCUUGUUUGGCCGAUUGUUUUGAUAUUGGUGUUUGAUCCUGGAGGAUUUUGGCUUUGUUCACAAGAUGUUUGUGAAAAGUUUUUAGAGAAUUUUUUCAUGAAAGUUCAGUUUGAUAUUAGAGGGGUUUUCUGUUGUUCACAAGUUGGUUAUGAUAAUGCCACUGGAAUUCACGAUGUAUAUGUUAUUGUUCCUGCUUUAUCAACACCUGAUAAUAAUAAAGUUGUUACUUUGGAAGUAUAUGUCUAUGCAAGGAAAUCUUCUGAGAUUGGGAUUGUAGAAGCCAUUGUAGAUCUUCUGCAUCCAGGACUUAGCUCCCCUGAUCUGGUUUUCACAUGUAUCACCUUCAAGAACAUUGCUGUAGAUGAUGAACUAUGUAACUUCAUUACUGUUACAUGUGGUAUAGAUGCAGUCCUCAGAUAUAUGAAUGACAGUGGUGCACAAGGCAACAAAGUUGUAAUCACAGAUUGCUGCACGUUAUUUUUUGCCUGAAAGAAUCCAAGAUUUCACUCGAUGAAGAUUCUGAAUUUCCUUUUCUUUUACAAGAUGUUUAUCCUCAAAGUUUGCAUAGAGAGUACCAGGUAACAGUUUUGGUUGUGAGAAUUCAGAAUCUAACACAAGUGAGAUAGAUAUUGCCUCAUGCAAGGGAGUGGAAUCUGAACUGAAUCAGCCAAGAGUGCAAGUCUCUUCUCCCUGGAUCUCUUCUGGGAAGCUGUUUGGCCUUGUUUUUUUUUUUUAGCAAAAGGACCAGUUACAAGUUCUAUUGUUUAGCCAUUGAGGAUUGCACUAGGAAAUUCGAUCAGUUUAGCUAGAGUGCAAGGAAGUCAGAGUUCUCUUUCCUGCUGUACUUGCAUUGUUAUUGGUUCUGGUUGUCUCACGUAGGUAAGCAUUCAUGCUGGGCUUGUUCUUCUGGAGCUACAAGGGAUCCAAAAGCUAGCUCUGAGUAGAUUCAGCCUUGUUUUCUUAUCGUUUGGCAUCUCAGUUCCACUUGUGUUUGUUGGUGGUCGAUUUCGGUGGCGUCACUUUAGUAACCAAAAGUCAAAUAAAGCGGAAAAGCAGGUCACAUUGAUUUAAAAAAAAAAGGUGAUCUAGGAUCUUGUGGAGACAAGCAAAAUCCCCUGGUAGAUACCAGAGCAGCCUUGGUACAUGAACUCAUCAUACUCAUUGUUACUUGUGCUGCGAUCACAAUACUUCUCUGCUACUUCCAGCUGUGUAGUGUUUUUUUUUAGUACUUUUGUUCCUUGUAUUUCAGCUCUGUUGUGUAUUGGAUAGUUAUGUUCUCAAGCUUGGUAGUGUUAAUAUUAACCACUUCCAAGCUUGCGGGGGGAUAUUAGAAUAUAGCUAGAGUGAAGGACCAAAUCUUCAAAUACUUCCUAGUUAGUUAGAAGAGUUAGUCUUGUGUAUAAGUAUCAGUGUCUUUGUAAUGUUCAAUUAACUUUUUACAAUGUAAACCUUUACUCUUUGCUAUGGCUUCUAUUAGCUUUUGGGUUUACAACUUUAUCAGCCCUUAAGCAGCCUAGUGUAAUUAUUAAUAAAUGAGUUGGCGCCUGGUCGAUCAACGUUUGCUUGGA